CCGCAACACCAUGGAGUCGCUUCUUCUUCUUCUCGCAGGCUCUCUCAUCUUCCCUCUUGUGGCUCCUGCCAGGGAGAUCACCAACGCCUGCACCUCACAAGCUAAUGUUCUCCACGUCAACACCAGACCGUGACUCAGUACCAACUUAUAUCCAAACAUCGCUGGAAUGAAUAACCCGACGCGUCAUGGUCGUGUGCGUGCAAAGUUACGUGCAGUCCGCUGCUACCAAAAUAUGCAGGGGCCGGACGGUUUGUACCCUACCACCGAUUUUCAGCACAUGAAUGGCACCGGCAUGCACCUGACGCUGCACCACCCGCAGAGCCCCUGCUCGCCGGCGCCUCUGCCGUCGGACCUCCCCUUCUCCGCCGUGAUCGCCCACGACGAGGCGCGCAUCGCCCGCCUCGCCUCGCGCCUCGCCAAGACUCCCUCCCGCCACCCGACGUCGCUCCGCCAACAGCACCGCGAGAAGUCCUCCGGCGAUAACCACCUCGCCGACUCGCUGGCCAGCUCGGUGCCGCUCGCGCCCGGCGCGUCGGUGGGCGUGGGAAACUACGUCACCCAGCUGGGCCUCGGCACGCCGGCGACCUCCUACGCCAUGGUCGUCGACACGGGGUCGUCGCUCACGUGGCUCCAGUGCUCCCCCUGCGUGGUGUCGUGCCACCGGCAGGCCGGCCCGCUCUACAACCCGCGCACGUCCAGCACGUACGCCGCGGUGCCGUGCUCGGCGCCGCAGUGCGGGGAGCUGCAGGCCGCCACGCUCAACCCGUCCGCGUGCUCCGCCUCCGGCGUCUGCAUCUACCAGGCCACCUACGGCGACAGCUCCUUCUCCCUCGGGUACCUCAGCAGGGACACCGUCUCCUUCGGCUCCGGCAGGUUCCCCGGCUUCUACUACGGGUGCGGCCAGGACAACGAGGGCCUCUUCGGCCGGUCGGCCGGGCUCAUCGGCCUCGCGCGGAACAAGCUGUCGCUGCUCUACCAGCUCGCGCCGAGCCUCGGCGACUCUUUCUCCUACUGCCUGCCGACAUCGGCGUCGACCGGGUACCUGUCCUUCGGGUCGUACAGCCCGGGACAGUACUCGUACACGCCCAUGGUGUCCAGCUCGCUCGACGCCUCGCUCUACUUCGUCAGCCUCGCCAGCAUGUCCGUCGCCGGGAGCCCGCUCACGGUGUCGCCGUCGGAGUAUGGAAGCCUGCCGACGAUCAUCGACUCCGGCACGGUGAUCACGCGCCUGCCCACGGCCGUGUACACGGCGCUGAGCAAGGCGCUAGGCGCAGCCAUGGGCGGAGCGCCCCGCUCGCCGGCGUACUCCAUCCUGGACACGUGCUUCAAGGGCCAGGCGUCAACGCUGCGCGUGCCGGCCAUGGACAUGGCGUUCCCCGGAGGCGCGACGCUCAAGCUGGCGCCGGGCAACGUGCUGAUCGACGUGGACGAGUCCACGACGUGCCUCGCGUUCGCGGCCACCGACAGCACGGCGAUCAUCGGGAACACGCAGCAGCAGACGUUCAGCGUCGUCUACGACGUCGCGCAGUCCAGGAUCGGCUUCGCGGCCGGCGGCUGCAGCUGAAGAAUGGAUGAAACGAACCGCACCUGUAUCGCAUGCAUGGACCCAACUAGGUAAAUCUGCAACCAGAGCACGCCAAGCUACUUGCAAAUACAAUUACACCAAAGAAGAUAAACAAUGUCAUAAAGCAAUGAUGCAUGUGAAAUAGUACUGUGUCAAACACAGGCAGGGCAACUGCUGUGUUUGCUCUUCUUCUGUCUUUACAAGUGCUUCAACCACUGUAUUGUAAAUGUACAAAAAGUAUUGCAAUGGCCUAAAGAUUUGGGAUUAUGGGAUAUGAUACACUCAUGACUUGUUAA